AUUUUAUUACAUGCGAUAAAAUUGAUGCCCGUUGUAACAAAGCAGGCAGGAUUAAAAAGAUUAAAUAUCGGUUUUAUCGGGAAGGGCUACAAAAAGCUGGUUACUGUUAAUCACGAUAAAAACAUCAGGCAAACAAAUGGAGUUAAAAAAAAAGAGAAUAAAAAAUGUCGUUUGGUCACUCGGAUAUUUUUCAAAAUACUCCGCGUUCUUGACGGCUCUAUGAUAACAAAAUUUUAGAAUCGGUACAUUUUACUUGGGUAUUUGUCAAUAAUUGCAUUUCGCACACAAUUCGAAGUAAACUCAUUUUGCGGCGGGCCGCGAUGCCCGCGGACGACGGUGGUGAGGGCCGGAGGGAGUGGUGGGGGAGUCCGCGACGCGCGCGGCCAUGUGCUCGCGUCGUAGCUCUCGAUCAGUCGACGCCGCGCGCUCGCACCGGACAGAUCCUUGUCGAGGGGUACCUCCCCUGCGGAACAAGCGUGUUAUAUCUGCGACAUUGCGCGACGGCCCAUACGUCGCCCUUACGUUCGCCACGCCACACGACGUGCGCGUGCGACUCGCCACGCGUAGUGCGCGACGGUCACGUGUGUCACGUCUUGCGUCGGAGAGAGAAAGAGAGCGCGACGGCCGCGAAGUCCUGUUGAUGCACUUUUCCCGAGAGCGCACGAUGACGACGCGGUAAUCGCGCGUGAUCGUUCCUCGCAUCCUUCGCUCCUUGUGUGACGCGCCUUUCCCGUCGCGAGAUAGACGGAAAAGAGAAGCGGGCGCUCGCGCGAGGAGGAGAGCACGACGCCUCUUCUUCCCUGAGGCCCCCCUCCUCCCCCCUCCCCUGUAGCGUGGACAGCCGUCUCUCGAAAAAUGCCAAGGUGAUCGUCUCCCCGUUCACGUCCUUCAUCUUCUGGCGUCUCGAGGAAAAACGAUCGUCCGCACGCGCGAAACGUAUGCUCCUCUCGCGUCGGGGUCUCGUCGGUCCUUCGCGUUUUCACGCCCGUCUCGCCCGAUUUUGUUGAGAUUUUCCAUCGCCAAUCGCGUGACGUCGACUUGCGCACGCUGGAGCGUGAUCCUUGCCGGAACACCACGCACAUACGUCGAUCUCGAUCGAGAGCCAUCGAACCAGGAUGCAUCACACAGCGCCCUGGUACCUGCCCUGGGGCCUGAAGCUGGUGCCGCUGCCGAUUCCCCCGGGACACCCAGCCUCCGGCAUUCCGAAUCCCGCUGGCCUGCACCUGCUGGCGCCCUUACCCGGAAUCUACGCACCGGAACCGCGGAAGGUCGACCUAAAGCCGUUGCGGGAGGCGACGGUCGCGGUGCCCGCGCCGAAGAUCACCGAGAAGCGAAAGGCCGAGGACGCCGAUGCCAGUAAGGAUCUGAAGAAGGCAAAAUUGGAAACGAAAGCGCUGAAAGCGAAGAGGCCGGGAUUCACGGACGAGCGGUACAACGAGACCAGUUAUUACGUGGAGCACGGUCUCCGUAAGGUGUACCCCUAUUACUUCACCUUCACGACAUUCACGAAAGGUCGAUGGGUCGGCGAGAAGAUCCUGGAGGUCUUCGCGAGGGAAUUCCGCGCCCAUCCAGCCGAGGAAUAUGAGAGAUGCAUUCGCGCCGGCACUCUGACGGUCAACUAUCAAAAGGUGGACGUCGACUACAGGUUACGGCACAACGAUCUCCUGGCUAACGUCGUCCGCAGACACGAGGUGCCUGUCACCUCGGAGCCGAUCACGGUGAUACACAUGGACGAGGACGUCGUCGUGGUCAACAAGCCCGCCUCCAUCCCUGUGCAUCCAUGCGGCCGUUAUCGGCACAACACCGUGGUCUUCAUCCUAGCGAAGGAGUACAAUCUGAAAAAUCUCAGAACCAUUCACAGACUGGACCGGCUGACUAGCGGCAUUCUCCUGUUCGGCAGAACGCCGAAGAAGGCGAGGCAGAUGGAGCACCAAAUAAGAAAUCGACAGGUCCACAAGCAGUACGUGUGCCGAGUGGAGGGUGAGUUUCCCGAGGAGGAGGUGAUCUGCUCGGAGCCGAUCGAGGUCGUCUCUUAUAAGAUCGGCGUCUGCAAGGUUUCCGAGAAGGGCAAGGAUUGCGUCACUCGCUUCAAGCGUCUCAGCUACAACGGUAAAUCCUCGGUGGUGCUGUGCAAGCCGCAAACCGGGCGCAUGCAUCAGAUCCGCGUUCACCUACAGUACCUCGGCUAUCCGGUGGUGAACGAUCCUCUAUACAAUCACGUAGUCUUCGGACCGCACAAGGGUAAAGGCGGCAAUAUCGGCAAGACCGACGAGGAGCUCGUUCGAGACCUCAUCAGUAUUCACAACGCCGAAAAUUGGCUCGGCAUGGACGGUGAUUCCGACAUGAGCCUCUUCAAGCCGAAGCUGGAAUUGGAGGAGCGCAUGAUGGGCUCCGGCAGCGACAAGGAUAACGGUUCCUCACCAUCGUCCACCCCGGGCCUGGUCGAGGACGAACAACAGCUGCAACAGCAACAACCGCAGCAGCCGCAACAGCAACCACAGCAGGAAUCCCUCAAGGUCACCGUGGGAACGCAGACGGGCUCGGAACCGCCGGAUUCCACUUUCGCCAACGACAAGGUCACCGUCGACCCGCACUGCUACGAGUGCAAAGUCAAGUACAGGGAUCCGAAGCCGUCGGACCUGGUGAUGUAUCUGCACGCGUGGCGUUACUGCGGCCCUGGAUGGGAGUACGAGACGCCGCUGCCCGCGUGGGCGGCGAGCGAUUGGACCGGCGACGAUCGAUAGUUCGGACAACGCGAUCGAGGACGAUCCGCGCGGAUUCCUCGGCGAGCAAUCGUCGUCGCCGUCAUUGUCGCCGUUAUCGUCGUCGAAUCUCGCGACCCUCCCCUUUUGAUAUCCUUAUCCCGUGCCUUCCACCCGCCAAUGAGCGAUCUUGACCAUCGUGCGCAAGCAAGUACACGUAGACGAAUACGCAUACACACAGAUAUAUAUAUACACAGAGUAGACACAGACACAGAGAAACAGACGUGCGUGUCCCUGCAAUCCGGCCGUCGGACUUUUCGGGGUGUGACUGUGAUCCGAGAGAAAUGGGAUCGCUGGAACAAUCUCAUUGCUCGAUGUUUACAUUUCUGUGGGCACUCAUCAUUUGAUACACAAGUGACAACUCGGCGUUAUCGCGUUUGUAAUUUCGAUGGUUUCACCGUUUAAGAAACGUGCGUUCGUUCUCUCGCAAUGAGUUUGCCCGCCGCGCGCGUUCUCGUUUCGUUUAUAUAUUUCUGGCAGUCUCUCGUGCAAAUCCUUCAUGUGGACAAUCUUACGUGGGAAACGUGGGACGCGAGACGCGACGUUUAUUACUCGGAUUAAUCAUAGCGAGAAGAUGGCUGUUGUUACCUUGUUGAUUCUAUUACUGCAAAACUGUCCUGAUUUCGGGAGCCAACUAAUAAAUCAGAUCAUCGUUAUGUUUUGUCUUGCCGCGACACGUUUCGGAUUUCCUAAUUACUAAUUUUCUCCAAGCAAACCUGUAAACCUGUAAACUCCUGGUACGAUCAUGUGGUAUAAAGUUACGCCGAGGAGUGUCGCAAUAAGGUGCAGUGAUUGUUCCUACGAUCGUUUCUCUCCGCGUGUAACAGCUGUAAGAAAGUCUUUGCACGGUCGGUUGAUCAAUGUGGAUUUUACAAGUCGCAGGACUUCGUUGCAACUUCCGGAAAGCGACGAACACAGUUAUUCCUUUUUCAUCAGAAAAAAAAUAUAUUGUAAUAAAUAUAGGCGAUCUGUGAUUGUAUUACCACAAUAUUUAUCGAUCAAAAUGUUUUAAUAGAUAAAGAUGGCUGUAAAGCUAAGGCUAUAAAGAUAACUCUAUUUUCAUUUUAAUUACGAUAUACAAUAGAAAGGAUAUGACUAAUCGAAUAACUCUUUCCUCGAUUGUAAUUCGAGCGAUUCGCAUAGCAGGCGCAGCUAUGAUAUACCGCGCGCGGAAAUUGUAUAUAAAAAAUCAUCUGUGCGAACGCUCUAGCAGACUGGGACAAAUGCGUGUUUAUGGGAAAACGCGAUAGUCUCGGCCGCUUUUAUGAGCAGCAGCGGUCAAAAAGUCACUGCCACUGGAGCGAGGAUACCACCCCUAACAUGUGAGAGAAGAUUGAUGCAUCUGUCGGUGGUGGUAUGGUAUUCCGAUGGAUCGUAUCAUUCAUUUUGAUUUAUGACGUACAUACAAACGUGGAAAGCCGCCGGUCUCUCGUCUAUUUUCUACGAGAAGUCGCCCGGCCCGCGCGGCUGGUUACUCUUCAAAUCUUACGGAACAUUUUGAUUCACGGGAGAGAUACCCGCUCGAUCCAUUUCUCAAAAUUCCAGCGCUUUGUAGAAGCAACGUCUUAUCAUCUGAGAAUAAAAAACGACGACGCGGAGUAGAUAUUUGACAUUUCGUAGCGAGCGCUCGCUCGAUCGGCGUUCUCGGGAGACGUUCCCGGCUAAAUCACGUCGCGGCGAAUUUGACUCGAAAUUUACUUCGGACGGACAGAAGUGAACCGGCGAUAUCGAUUAUAUUCGGCAGCGAUGUUGCUCUUGGCAUCAGACCCGCCUCGGUACUUCGGCUUGACAGAAGUCAGCUAUAACUGGGAGGUAAAUUUAUCUCGGCGGGUCCGGCUUUGGAACAAUUUCAACGAAGCCCUGCGAUUUCCGUAUUAUCGUAUAGUGGUUAUGUAUCGCUAAUAUAAUCAUUGUGAAAGAUUACCGUAAACGCGAAUCGAAGGACGAGAAACA